CUUGUUCCAGCUCCGGACUCCGAGCCCUUAUCGCUCGGGGAAACUAGGCUCCCGUGGGGCAGGGACCUCUGGUUUGAUGUUCUCGGGAGGCCCCGGGAGGGUGGGCGGGAGCAGAGCGGGGUUCUCUCUGCGAGACGGGCUGGCUCGGCUCUGAGCGAGAAGGCAGGGGACUGGCUGGGUGGCAGCGGGCUGGCGGCGAACUCCUUGGGUGUCCUUUCUCUUGUUCCUCCGGUGGGUUUAACUCUGACUUGCAGGUAAGCACAGGCCCGAGAGAAAUCAGCCUGCUGUACCCUCUCCCGUGGGCCUCAGGGGCUGCGGGGGGAUCCAACCCACAGACCGGACCCCACAUUCCUCCCGUCCCCCAUCUUGGAGGCUUUACUCGGCUGAGCUGACCGGAGCCCACUGGCCAUGGAGCUCCGGCAGGGGCCGGAGCAGGAGCUGGAGGAGGGACUGGGACACCCGGAGAAAGAGGAUGGAGACGCCUUCCUCCAGAAGGGGGUCACCUUCCAAGAUUCCUUGCGGACCCCACACGGCUCCGUCGUCAGCUUCCACAAAAUCCAGUACUCCGUGCAGCUGGUGUCCGGCCUCCCUUGCCGGAGAGUCACGGAGGAGAGAAAAAUCCUGCACGAUGUGGAGGGCAUCAUGAAGCCCGGGCUGAAUGCCAUCCUGGGUCCCACUGGCAGCGGGAAGUCCUCGCUCCUGGACGUGCUGGCCGCUCGGAAGGACCCACAGGGUCUGUCGGGGGAGGUGCUGAUCGAUGGCUCUCCCCAGCCGCCCAACUUCAAGUGCAUCUCGGGCUACGUGGUGCAGGACGACGUGGUCAUGGGGACGCUGACGGUCCGGGAAAACCUGCUGUUCUCGGCCGCGCUGCGGCUGCCCCGUUCCACCCGCUUCCGGGAGAAGAAGGAGCGGGUGACCCAGAUCAUCGGCGAGCUCGGCCUCAACGCGGUGGCCGACUGCAAGGUGGGCACGGAGCUGAUCCGGGGGGUGUCGGGAGGGGAGCGCAAGAGGACCAGUAUCGGGAUGGAGCUGAUCACGGAGCCCCCGGUCCUCUUCCUGGACGAGCCGACCACUGGCCUGGACUCCAGCACGGCCUACGCCGUCCUACUGCUGCUUAAGAGGCUCUCCCGGAAGGGCCGCACCAUCAUCCUCUCCAUCCACCAGCCCCGCUACUCCAUCUUCAAGCUGUUCGACAGCCUCACCCUGCUGGCGCUGGGCCAGGUGGUCUACCACGGCCGAGCCCAGGACGCCCUCGGCUACUUCCGUUCCAUCGGAUACGAAUGUGAACCCUUCAACAACCCAGCGGAUUUCUUCCUGGACGUCAUCAACGGAGACUCCACCGCCGUGGCGGCCGGUCAGACUGUGGGGGGCGAGGAAGGCCAGCAGGGUGUGGAGUACCCCCCGGAGAAGGGAGCUGGGGGCCCCAGCCUGGUGGAGAAGCUGCACAAGCUGUACCUGGAGUCCCCGCAAGCCCAGAGCUUGCAGGCGGCCCUGUCCAUGGCCAAGAGUGCCCAAAGCGGAGCCCAGCGGGCAGGGGGGAGCCGCCGGCGGCCCUUGCAGACCAUCACCUAUGCCAGCGGCUUUGGCACCCAGCUCUACUGGCUCACCCAGCGCUCCUUCAAGAACCUGGUCCGCAGCCCUCAGGCCUCCGUCGCUCAGGUGGCAGUGACCAUCAUGUUGGCCCUGGUGAUGGGAGCGAUCUUCUUCGAUGUCAAGCUGGACCAGAGCGGCAUUCAGAACCGAGUGGGGGCUCUGUUCUUCAUGACGACCAAUCAGUGCUUCUCCACCGUGUCUGCCAUCGAGCUGUUCGUCAAGGACAAGAAGCUGUUUGUCCACCAGUACACCAGCGGCUACUACAGAGUCUCCGCCUACUUCUUCGCCCUGCUGUUUGGGGACCUGCUGCCCAUGAGGACUGUGCCUGCCAUCAUCUACUCCUGCAUCAGCUACUGGAUGAUCGGCUUCCAGGGUUCCGCUAGCAAGUUCUUCUUCUUCACACUGACCAUGAUACUCCUCACCUACACGGCCACGGCCAUGUCCCUGGCCAUCAGUGCCGGCAUGGAGGUGGUGGGCAUCGCCAACCUGUUCAUCACCAUAUCCUUCGUCUUCAUGAUUCUCUUCUCGGGGCUCCUGGUGAAUUUGCCCUCCAUGAUGGGCUGGCUCAACUGGCUCAAAUACUUCAGCAUCCCUCGCUAUGGCCUGACGGCGCUGGAAAUGAAUGAGUUCCGGGGACUCUAUUUCUGCGGCGAAAGAACCAACGCCACCAUCGCCCCGCCGGAGAACUUGACCUCCUGCCAUGGGGGCGACUCCUGGGCCAGAGAAAUAUGCUAUGGAGAGAAGUAUCUCUGCAGUCAGGGUGUGGGGGUCUCCAACUGGGCCAUGUGGGAGAACAUCUUGGCCCUCGUCUGUAUGACCCUCAUUUUCCUCAGCAUCGCCUACGUCAAGCUGCGCUUCAUGAAGAAGUUCACUUAACCCCCCCUUCUUUCUCUCUUCCUCCCACAACCCUGCUCCUCACGUGCCCUGGGAAAGGGCUGCCUCUCCCCUCCUGGACCAGGGCUCCCCAUAUUUAUGAGAGGGAGAGCGGGGGGCUCCCCUGUUUUUUACUGGCGUUGUAGCUGGAACAAGCUUGUUGGAACCGUA